AUAAAUCCGAUACAGUUUAUGUAAAAGGAAAUAAAAGUGAACAAUGUCCUUAGAUUCGGAAUCGUAAUCUGUCUCAAAAUGAAACUGAAACUUUGGACUAUUUGUUUAUGUUUUCAUCUAGUUAUAGCAGAAAGAGCUGGUAUAAGACACUGCACCACUUCUGAUGUAUUUGGGCCUUCCUCCACAACAGGUGGAACAGCAGGCACAGCCACAUCUUACCUGAUGCAAGAUGAAGAGUACCAGAUUGAUUGUUGCGGAGUUGUCAACAGUGUUUCUUUCAGUGGUACUGGUGGCGCCGUCACACUUCAAAUUUGGAGACAAAACGCUAACACAGACUUUGAACUAAUAAGUACACAAGAUUAUACACUUUCGGGUUCAUCAUUCACACCAGACGACGAUAAACGUGUGUCAUUUCGGGAAGGGGAUCUCUUCGGGUGGACAGGUGGAUCGAUAAACAAAGCAGUUGCUGCAACCAAAUACCUAAGCUGGACGUCAUCAAGCGUGACGGCGACAUCUGUUGGUGACACGCAUGCGUGGUACGGUGAGACUAUUGACAAAGGAAACGAGUACUUGAUGAAGAUUGUCGCAAGGGAAUCAACGGCCCCUUAUUUCAAGAAUCUGCCUACAACACUGAACUACGCAGAUACGGAGCUACUGGUGGGUGGAGUUAUAUUAUUGACCCUGUCUUAUAACGAUAUUGACCCGGAUGACGCCACGGAUCUAACUAUUUCAGUGUCUCCUGCCUGGAGCGAUCUAUUUGAACUCACAACAGGAACGACCCCGAAUUUAGUAAAAACCAAGGAGAGCCUUGGACCAGGAACAUACCUGCCAGUAUUCCGUAUUGAGGAGGGGCAUUGUGGACAAACCGCGUCCUCCACCUUAACAGUUUCAGUGACAGACAGUGCGCCAUCAAUAGACAAUCUUCCUGGUUUCGCAACUGUUCACGAAGAUGACGAAGAUGAGGCCCUGUUGCACACUGUGACCAUGUCCGACCCCACCAGCCAGGCUAUGUGGUGCAGGGAAAGUGAUUGGACAAUAGGCAGUGGUACUGGAGAAAAACCAUUUAUUGUAAAAAUGAUAUCAACUGCUGCUGGCAGUUCACAGGCUGGGAUUUACCUAAUAGAAGAUCCAAAAUUAGAUUAUGAUGCGACUCCAACCUAUGACCUAACCAUUGAGUGUAUGGACACGUAUGGCAAUACCGUCACAGGAACGUUCUGGGUCAAUGUAAUCAAAAACCAGCUACCAAUCUUCACAAAUAUUCCAAACAUGGUUGAAGUUGAUGCCUCUACUUUGGUACUUGGGACAGUAGUGUUCACAGUUUCAACGACGGACGAGGACUCGGAUCAGAUAACAUUUACGGACACAACAUGUAACCCGUCAGGCUCGUGUCCGUUUUCUCUGCUAGAUUCUGGAGAGGUGCUGGCGAAAGAAAACUUGUUAUUCCAUACAGCUGCAUCGUCCUACACUAUGUCGAUUACAGCUACUGAUGUUCGGGAUACUACUGUGGCUAGAGACCUCAUAAUUUAUAUCAAAAAUGUAAACAAUGAUCCUACAUUUUCCAAUGUGAACGGACAGAGUGUAUCCGUAGAUGAAAACUCGGCUCUUGGAAUGUCUCUGUACCAGAUGUCAGCAACAGAUGCAGACACCGCAGACUCUUUAACGUACUAUAUGACCAUCGACGACCCAGAAGGAUAUAAUCUAUUUGAGCUGUCUUCGAGCGGGGCGCUUACCACUCAUUCAACAUACAGUAUUAACUUUGAUAUUCUCGCAACCACGUCUUACACGCUGACUGUAUACGUCAAUGACGCAAAAAAACAAGUGAGCGAGACUUUCACUGCCUCUAUCAACAACGUAAACGAAGCGCCGGCCUUUCUGUCGUCAGAGUACCUGGUUACACAAAAUGAAGGUGGGGCAGGAGCAUUUGCGAAUGACCCUGGAAUCGGGUUGGCGGUGGACCCAGACGCUGGUGAUACAUUGACUUACUCUAGAGAUUGUGGAACAACCUAUGACAGUUACAUUACCAUUAACCCAACAUCCGGUCUACUGAGCUUCGCACAGGAAUAUGACCUUGAUAAUGCCGCCUUGUCUCUAGCGACAUCGCUCCACUGCACUGUUUAUGUGACUGAUGCUGGAGGAUUAAAUGAUUCAGCUUCGCUGUAUAUAGACAUUGAGUAUGCUAAUGACAAUAGCCCGGUUUUCAACCCAAGUUCAUAUGCAGUAUCAGUUAGUUCCAAUACCCCAAUGGGAUUUGCAAUCAUAACGGUGACAGCAACAGACGCAGAUCUUGGAGAUGACGCUACACUUACAUAUACUCUAAAUCAAGCAGGGAUCGGCUCGGGAGACUUAUUCAUUAUCAAAAACGGCGUCAUAUACGCUACCCAGCUUCUGACGUCGUUAGCCAAUGCGGGUUCUGGGACAGUUACUGUUGCUGUGACUGACGAGGGAGGUAACGUUGCCACGGCAACUGUCACUAUGACAUUUAUAGACUCCGCAACGGUAGCAAGCAUUACAACUGACAGAAACUGGGAGUUUAUUGAGGACCAAAGGAACAUCACAUGGUUAACAGUGUCUGUUAUCACCAUAGCAACGUGUAUUUUUCUGAUUGCUUGCGCUAUUAUUAGAAGCUACAUGAAGAGGACCACACCUUUGAUAGACUUCAAAAAACUUUGGCAGGCGUACAAGCCGAUACCCAAACCCAAACGUCAGCUGGAUAAGAAAAGACGACCUAUGCCAUUCGGGAGACAAGAAGCACCUAACUUCAGACACGUGCAUGCCAAUGAGAUUCUUCUACCAACCCAUGUGUCAGUGGCUUCACCCGCACCUGUAGAUAAUAGUUCAAUGAGGCCCGAUAGUGGAACAAGUGGUCGCGUGACGGUGACUGAAGUCAGAGUAAAUGAAAACAACUGGAUUGACGAGUAUAGUAAGUAUAUUUCAUCAUCAAAGUAAAAAUAAAAUGACAGUCACCAAGAAGAAAGCUUCUGUGACGGGCUUAU